GUCCAAGCAACCCUUCUUUCCUGUAGACUUAGAGCCUCAGGCCUAGCCACAGUGUCAGAAUCUGCCACCCCCUGCGCUAAGGGUGCCCCAAGGCUACUGUGAGCAUGGCAGAAGCUCCUGCUGACCCGAGCACAGGAGACAAUCUGGAGCAAAAGACCCUGCAGGUGUUGAGUGAUGCCGGUGGCCCUGUGAAGAUUGGCCAGCUGCUAAAGAAGUGCCAAGUGCCCAAGAAAACCCUCAACCAAGUCCUUUACCGCCUGAAGACGGAGGGCAAAGUGUCCUCCCCAGCCCCUGCAACAUGGAGCUUAGGGCGGGAUGCUUCCGGAGAUGGGACUUGUGCAAUCCCCGAGGACUCCACUGCUCAGCCUAGCCUUGAGGAAAGAAUAUUAAGAUUCCUGGAGGCCCACGGACCACAAAGGGCCCUGCAUAUCGCCAAGGCUCUGGGGAUGACGACAGCCAAAGAAGUGAACCCACUCCUGUAUACCAUGAGGAGCAAGCACCUUCUGAGCCAUGACGGACAGAGAUGGAGCAUCUACCGCUCAAGUCAGGAAGGCCAAGAGCUAGCUCGUUCUGAAGUCAGACAAGAGUCCUCUAUGAUUAUUCAUCAGCAAAAUCCGAUCAACAUGAUCUGCCAACAAGGACCCAACAGCCAGAUCUCCAUUGCCAAAUCAAAAGCCAUCCAGAUUGGCCACGGGAACGUCAUGUUAAGACAGACAGCCUGUGGUGAACCAGGUCCCAGGACCCCUCACCAUGUCCCUCUACCGGUGCCAGAGGAUGCCUCUGCUCAGGACAGGCCCCCUGGUGCCCACGGAGCUCAGCACAUCCACAUGGACAAGUCCAUGCUCCGAUGCGUGCAGCUUGGUCACGGCAACGAGAUGAGGCUCGUGAGGGACCCUGGAGAACACUCCGCUUAUAGCUUUUCUGGCAGCCCCCCAGUGUCAACCACCACUGCUGACCCACAUACUUCAUUCAACAUGCAAACACCUGAGCCAGGCUCUCACCCUGAGGGAGACACAGCCCAGAGAGUCCACAUCAAAUCCUGCUUACUAGAGGAUGCCACCAUUGGUAACAGCAACAAGAUGACCAUCUACCCGAGGUCAAAGGGUGGAGUCGUGGAGCCUGGAGACAGCGAAGAGCCAAAGGGAGACACAGGUGCCAGCUCUGAAGCCACGCCUCCCAGAAGCUGCUUGCACAUGCUCAGUGACUCCAUCCUGCUCACCUGUGAGCUGAGAACUAUGUCUCUGGGAGACAGCAGCGCCCAGACCUCAGAACCUGUGCUUAGAGAGAAUGAAGUCCAGGACACGGAAAGCUGUCAGGCCCAGGACUGAGGGCUUCGUGCAUGCUGCACAAGGGCUACCCAUGCAGCCCCAGUCCUGGCCUAGGCCAUGCCCCUUCCAGUCUCUCUAGUCAUCUCUUCUUCCUGCCUGCCCUGACACGAGCAUCCCUUCUCCGCCAUGUCCUUCUGCCUUACCACAAGCCAGAAAGCAAUGGAGCCGUGGGACCACAGGCUGACCUCUCUGCCACCAUGAGCCAAAUCAACCUUUCCUGCCCCAGGAUCAAUCAACAAUCCAUCAAUCAAUCAACCAUAUGAGCCAGUUCUACCACUCCUGGGUGCUCACCAGAAGGGAAAAGUCAACACAGAGACAUCUCUGCAUACCCAUGUAGACUGUGGUCCUGUUUCCAGCAACUAAGAAAUGGAACCAACCUUGUUGUCCAGCAGUAAACGAUGGGUGAGUUGGAGUAUGCGCACAGCCACAAAAAAUACUGAGGUUGUCAUUGGCUGGAAGAAGAUGCAACCAGAAACCACCACGUUAAAUGAAUGGAAGCCAUUUUAGAAAGACAAAGGUCACAUUUUCUCUCUUUAGUGGCUCCUAGACUUUUUACAUAGAUUCUCAGCUCCGCCUGCACCAGGCCUGCCUGGACGCUGCCGUGCUCCCACCUUGAUGAUAACGGACUGAACCUCUGAACCUGUAAGCC